AUGCAUCCUCUUCCCCUGCAGAUGAUGGAGCAGCGUGAUCAGGUGGAGCUCCUCCUCCUCCUCCUGCUGGGGGGGGGGUGUUGGCUGGGUGAGGCUCAGGUGCGUCACCCGCUCCCCGUGCUGUGGAUGAUGGGGGCGGGGGGGGGAAACAUGACCCCUGCUGUGCGCCUCGCUCUGAACGACCUGGAGAGACAGCCCCCCCCCCUGGGAGACUACGAGCUGCAGCUGCACCCGCUCCACCCUCAGUGUGAUUCUGGCGAGUCUCUCAAAGCUCUGUUUGACUCUCUGUGGGGGGGGGCCUCGCUUCCUGCUGCUGCUGGGGGGGGCGUCCUGCCCCUCAGUGACGGGGACCAUCGCUCGCGCUCUGCCAGCUCUGCACCUGCUGCAGAGAAUCUCAGGCCAUUUUGUCCUCAUGAGCCAAUGAGCAUCCAUGGUAACAAUCAGCAGGAUCAACAUAUUCACUUCCUGCGCUUCACUUCCUGUCCUUCACUUCCUGUCCUUCACUUCACAAUAUCUUAUUAUUUACUGUUGAAAUCAGAUACUCACACCUGCGCUUCACUUCCUGUCCUCAGGUAUCCUUCUCGGCCCCGCCCCCCCCUCUUGUCCAACAGGAAGUGGUACGGCACGUUUAGCACGCUGCCGUCAGACCGCGCUGUGAACCAGGCGGCCGUGAAGCUGCUGCAGCGCUACAGGUGGAGCCGGGUGGGGGUCCUCACUCAGGAGGGGGCCCAGCGCUCAGAGAUGAGGAGGGAUCUGGCGCGGCAGCUGCUGAAGGCCGAUGUCCACGUCGUUUCCUCCGAGAGCUUCUCUGCAGACGCCUGCAGCAGCCUCAGGAAGAUCAGGGAGAGCGACACUCCUCAGCAGUUCCUGCGCCUGAUGACCUUGGAGGGGUCAAAGGUCGAGCCCCUGCACGGCUACGCCUACGACUCUGUGUGGGCAGCGGCCAUUGCCCUGACGCAGGUGAUGGAGGCGGUGAAGCUGCGAGAGAAAUACGGCGUCCAGAAGAACACGAGCGAGGAGGAACUGCAGAUGAAGCUGCUGGAAGCCCUGAAACACACACACUUCCAGGGAGUCACUGGUCCGGUUUUCUUCCGGAACGGGGAGCGGAUGGCGUCGAUCGAGCUGCUUCAGUUUCAAGGCAGCGGGGGGGUUCUGGUCGGAGACUUCAACACCUCCACCCAGCAGCUCAGAGUGAUCAACCACCUGCUCAGGUUCAAAGGCCCGGCAGCAGCCAGAGACCGGACUCUGGUUCUGGAGCAGCGUCUCCACGUCGGCCUGCUGAUGUUCGGCAUCGUGUCCUCGGCUGCAGCUCUGACCAUCAUCAUCACUCUGACCGCCCUCCUCUUCACCCUCAUCCACCGCACACACACGUGCUCUGGGUGUCUGGAGGAGCUGCUGCUGCUCGGCCUCCUCCUCUCCUCCUCCUCCGUCAUGAUCUCCGGGCUGGACGGAGCGUCGCUGUCCCCAGAAGUGUUCCAGACCCUCUGCUCCGUGCGUCUGUGGAUCCUCUCUCUGGGACACACGGUGGUCCUCGCGGUGCUCUUCAUCAGAUCCUGGGGGCUUUACUCCCUGCUCAGCACCAAACCCCCGCAUCAGAGGAGGAGGAGCUCUCUCUGCGUGUUGCUCUGCUUCCUCCUGAUGGACGCCUUCCUUUUAUCCACCUGGCAGAUCCUGGACCCCCUCAGACGGGAGGAGCUGCAGUACGGAGAACAGAGUGUGUCUUCAGGGCAGGACAUUGUGAUCCGACCGUUCUCUGAAACCUGCUCCAGCACCAACAUGGAGCUGUGGACCAUCGCACUCUGUGGGUACAAAGCUCCUCUGAUGGGUCUGGGCUGUUUCGUGGCGUGGAGCAUCAGGAGGUCGGAGGUCAUCAGGAGGUCGGAGGUCAGCAGUUUCUCUCUGACGCUCAGCAUGUUCUCUCUGACGCUGUUCAGUGUUGCAGGAGCCGCAGCCUCACUGCUCACUACCCACAAUCCUUCACUGCACUUCUGUCUGCGCAGCGCCAUCAUCCUCUGCUGCAACAUCUGCAUCCUCAGCCUGAUGUUCACACCCAAGCUCAGAUUUUGGAAAGUAUGUGUGAAAAACAGCGAGCAGCAGAAGCCUUCAGAGACGCAGAUUGAAACUGCAGAAGAAGAAGAAAAAGAAGCUGCAGAAGAAGAAGAAGAAGAAGAAGAAGAAGAAGAAGAAGAAGAAGAAGAAGAGGAGGAAGAGGAGGAGGAUAAGAAGCUUCUGAUCAGGUUGAACCAGCAGCUGAAGAGUCACACGGCUCAGCUGGAUGCAGACAUAGAGACCCUCACCCUGCAGCUGAGAGACUCUGAGCCCCGGCUGCAGCACGCUGCCCGAAACAACGGUCGAGCCAGGUGUGUUCGCUGGACUCAUGCAGCUCAGGUGUGCUCAGAGGACAGAAACUCGGGGGGGAAACCCUCGAGUCCCGACAGCAUCAACUCCCCAGAACACGUGCAGAGGCGUCUCUCCAUUCAGCUGCCGAUCCUCCAUCUCUCCUACCUGCCGGGCGGCGUCAGCGCCAGCAGCUCCAGCACCUUCCAGCAGGACCACUUCCUGUUCCCCUGAAGACCACUUCCUGUUCUCCUGAAGACCCCUUCCUGUUCUCCUGAUGCCACAGCAUUGUUCGACCAAUCAGGUGGCAGCUGGGACUGACUGCUCCUGUUUCUAUUUUUAUAUUUAUCAUAUAUGGAAAUGCAUAUAGUAUUUUAUAUAUAGGAUUAAAAACAAUGAUACAUUGAAAGGCUUUGUAUUUUACUCCAUCAAAGUGAGUCUGAUUGAUAAGUUGGUUUGUAAUAAACAAUGAAACAGAA